ACAAUCAGGAAAAACAGAGAGGACUUAAUAUCAUGUAACCAACAUGGAAACUUUGCAUUAAACUGGAAAUCUGUCAACAUAGUCAGACCAGCUUUGUAACUGCCCAUGUGGCUGACCAGCCUACAGAGAGCCUGUUGAUAAACGGCUACUGUUUACUCUAAGACCAGCACACCAUGACAGUGAUUUACUAAAUGAGAUUCUAGCCUCUGCUGUAAAACAAUAUUAACCAUUGGUAGACUGACUCAACAGUGGGGAUGCACUAAUAGACGCAAAUUGGCAAACAACUAUUUGUUCUUCAGGUACCGGUCCUAGGCUCAGUUUUUUUUUUUUUUUUUAAUAGUAUUUGUAAGCAGAAAUCUGCCCAUACAUUCUUUCUCACAUCCACCUGAGGACACAUUCAUUUGCUUUCUGCAGCAGACAUCUUGUUUUUUGUCGCUUACAUUCACACCGAGGAGGUUCAAUCUCCUGGAGAUGGCAGGUCUACCUCACAGACACCAUGGCAACUUUCCCCAAAGGCGCGCCACCCUGUUGCCACAGGCGGCCAAAUGUAGAGUACAGCAGGUGCUGAAGGCCAUGUCACCUGAGACUGGUCCAGAUCUGGCAAGUGUAGCAGAGGAGCCAAGCCUCCCAGCUGAACAUCUCAGCAGUACUGGACUGUGUGAGACAGAAAAGGAGUCAAGCCAGUUUUAUAAUGGACACCCAAGAGCAGCUUCUCCCUCAUCUGAAAAACGACAACCUCAUAAAAGUGUAGCAGCUUUGCUGAAGAGACUAAGGAUUCAUCCAGAGGCUCAGAGGAUUUUGGGUAAUUCAUGCAUACCUGUAGUAAGCCUGGAGCGUCUGAACUUUCAGGCUGUGUCCUUAUUGUCUCUGCAGCCUGUGGUGUCUCUGGUGCGGCUGCCGUGCCAAACACAAGCCAAGCGCCGCAUCUGUAGUUUGGAUUUUCCUCAACAGGUAGUCGGUCAAAAUGAGGCAGACAUUUUGGAGGUCAAAGAGGAUUCAGCUCAGUCUAAACCAGCACAGUCAGCUGAGUUCAGUCAGCCAGAAGCCACAUCAAGAUCCUGGACUGAACCGUACUGUCCGGACAGCUCCCCGUGUGCGGAACCAGAGCAGGACUCAGGCUUUGACUGUGAAUCAAAUCCAGAUCAGCCUUAUAUCCUGUUUGAGUCUGGUUCUGAUGAAUGGGACCCAGAUGGGCAAACGGAUUCAGAAACAUUUUAUCUGGACCCAGAUCCAGAGCAGACAAUGGUGAUCGAACUGGAUCCAGAACCAGAAGCGGAUCAGGAUAGAUCCCUGCAGCUGGAGGAUGAAUCUGAAUCAAAAUGUGAAGCGGAUGUAGUUGAGAUGGAGGACAGUGACGAUCAAAGACCUGAUCUGUGCUCCUUACAGGAGGACGAUGACUCAUCCGUCCUACCUGAACCCAGAGCUGGAGCCGAGGACAUGGACAGUGAAGAUUUCUGUGCUGUUUGUCUGAACGGAGGUGAUCUGCUCUGCUGUGAUCGCUGCCCAAAGGUUUUCCACUUGGCCUGCCAUAUACCUCCUCUCAUUGACUUCCCACUAGGUGACUGGGUGUGUACGUUGUGCAGAUCCGACCAGGAGCCUGUGGAGACCUACGACUGUGAGAACACGCAGACCUGUGAUGGAGUCAAAGCUCCGUACACACUGUCCAAUCAGGACCAGAGGAGGUGUGAGAAGCUGACUCUGCUGCUGUACUGUCACUUGCUCAGCGCUCCUUUUCAUGAACCUGUGAGCCCUCUGGCCAGAAACUACUACCAGAUCAUCAAGAGGCCCAUUGACCUGUCUGUGAUCCGCAGGAAACUGGACAAGAGCAACACUCUACACUACUUCACUGCUGAGCAAUUCGUAGAUGACGUCUUGCUGAUGCUCAAGAACUGCGCUACCUUCAAUUAUCCGGACUCAGAGGUGGCACAGGCCGGCCAAAACCUGGAGGUGUUUUUCUUGAGCAAACUGAAGGAGAUUUUUCUUGAUCGGACAUUCCCAUUGGCGAGCCAGGACAGGACAAAUAGAGCUCGCCUCCAAUGGCUCAGCGGGAAGAGGAAGGAAAACUACAGGAAGAAGAAACAUGUGUUUAGCGGGAAAAAAUAUUGCCUGUAACUUUACACUGUUGUCUUAAAGCUUUUUAAUUCAUGGAAAACUUCUUAAAGUGAAACAUGUCAUUCCAAUAUGUACUAAUCUACAUGAUCAGGAUUCAUCUACCAGACGUGACAGUCUCUGUUUCUCCUGGACUCUCCUGCAGUGCUUGGUGGUCUGCUCAGCAUGUCAGUUUCUGGUUAUGGUUUUUAACUUUUAAACUUGAUAUUCUUUUUUAAGUGUCUCAGGACAUUUUAUUCUUCCAAAAAUUCAGCUCAGUGAUUCUGUCAUAUAGGGAAAAGCACAAAAUGACUUCAGUUAGUUGC